AUGCCACCACGCCGUCAGCAGCCAUCGUGCACCCUGGCAAGAAAACGAGCGCUCCUUGCUCAAUUCGACGGGCUAAGUGUCAGCAGCCAAGCUUACGUUUCGUACGACUUUCUCACGUUCAUGGCGGAUGUGCGUCGCAAUGAGCACAUCCUGACCUCGAUGCACAUGAUCAACUUCAUGAAGACCUACCACAAGGCAUGGCUGGAUGCAUAUGUCGACGGUAAAGUGGACCCCUACAAGUCUCUCCUGCGCUUGUGCCAUUGGUUUGCAUUACGCCAACGUUUUUCGCAACUCGUACCAUGCAACACGAAGCUCGCAGAACUCGACAUGGUGCUCAUCCGGGUGCUCAUCCGGAACGACUUUGCGGCGACUUUUUAUGAGAUGCCUAGACCCACCGUGAUCUGGUGGACAAUUUCGACGCUCACAUGA